GCACCAACGGGACGGGUUGCUUCCUAGCUGGUCCUGCCCUUCACACAGAGAGACGAGCCGGCGGUGCGGUGUAUCGAAUAGUGUGGCUGAGGCAGAACUGGGAAGAGGACGUCGGGUUUGCUGAAGGAGACUGCAGCCUGAGCUCAGAUUUGAGCUCCCAAUGUGUCCCCAUGCUGGUCGGUCUCUUUGAGUUGCAGUAGAAGAGGUGCUGGACGGUCUGUUCCCAAUGCCACCCCCAUCAGACAUUGUGAAGGUGGCAAUCGAAUGGCCAGGAGCUAAUGCCCAGCUGAUCGAAAUAGACCAGAAAAAACCACUGAUUGCAAUAAUCAGAGAGGUUUGCGAUGGGUGGUCCUUGCCAAACCCAGAACACUACACACUGCGUUACGCUGAUGGGACUCAGCUGUACAUCACCGAGAAGACUCGCAAUGAAAUCAAAAAUGGGACUAUUCUGCGGCUGGCUAUCUCCCCAAAUCGUGCAGCCCGUCAGCUGUUGGAGAGGAUCCAGUCCUCGUGCCUGGACUCGCGACUGGAUGCUCUGAAGGAGCUGGCCAAGCUCUCAGCCGAUGCCACCUUUGCUACUGAAUUCAUCAACAUGGAAGGAAUUUUUAUCUUGAUGUUGCUGGUGGAGAGUGGAACCAACAACUUGCUGGAUAAAUUCAGCUUUGGGGAAAUGCUGGCCUUCACACUGACGGCCUUCCUGGAGCUCAUGGACCACGGUAUCAUCUCCUGGGAUAUGAUCUCCACUGCUUUCAUCAAACAGAUUGCAAGCUAUGUCAACCAAACGACGGUGGAUGCUUCCAUCCUGCAGAGGUCUCUGGCCAUUCUAGAGAGCAUGGUGUUGAACAGCCAGAGCUUGUACAAGAAAGUGGCCGAGCAGAUCACUGUGGGACAGCUGAUUGCACAUCUUCAGGUAUCGAACCAGGAGAUCCAGACGUAUGCAAUUGCACUCAUCAAUGCUUUAUUCUUGAAAGCACCAGAGGACCGAAGGCAGUCUGUUCUUCCCUCCUCAGAAGGGGAGGAUUCUGAUCUCCAUCUACCUUUGACAGAAAUGUCCAAUGUCCUGGCACAGAAGCAGCUACGGUCCAUAAUAUUAAAUCAUAUUAUUCGAGGAAAUCGUGCAAUAAAAACAGAAAUGGCCCAUCAACUUUACGUCCUUCAAGUUUUAACAUUCAAUCUGCUGGAGGAGCGAAUGAUGACCAAGAUGGACCCUCAGGAUCAGUCACAAAGGGACAUAAUUUUUGAACUUCGAAAAAUUGCCUUUGAUGCUGAAUAUGAUCCAAACAGCAGUAGCAGCCUUGAGAAGCGCAAAGCCAUGUAUGCAAGGGAUUAUAAAAUGCUGGGAUUCAUGAAUCAUGUCAACCCAGCCAUGGACUUUACCCAGACUCCUCCUGGAAUGCUGGCACUGGACAACAUGCUGUACCUCGCAAAACUCCAUCAGGACAUGUACAUCAGGAUUGUCCUGGAAAACAGCAGUCGAGAGGACAAACACGAAUGUCCUUUUGGACGCAGCAGCAUCGAGCUGACUAAGAUGAUGUGUGAAAUCCUGCAAGUUGGAGAGCUGCCUAAUGAAGGCUGCAAUGAGUACCAUCCUAUGUUUUUUACUCACGAUCGAGCUUUUGAGGAGUUCUUCUGCGUCUGCAUCCAGCUACUGAACAAAACGUGGAAGGAAAUGAGAGCAACAUCAGAGGACUUCAACAAGGUAAUGCAAGUGGUGCGUGAGCAGAUAACAAGGUCCCUGAGUACAAAGCCAAACUCUCUGGAUCAGUUUAAGAAUAAAGUCCGUUGCAUGAGUUACUCCGAGAUCCUGAGGCUGCGCCAGUCUGAGAGAAUGAGCCAGGAUGACUUCCAGUCGCCACCAAUCAUUGAGCUACGGGAGAAGAUUCAACCCGAGGUGGUGGAGCUUAUCAAACAGCAGCGUCUAAACAGACUUUGCGAGGGCACUAGUUUCCGUAAAGUUAGCAAUCGUAGGCGGCAAGAUAAGUUCUGGUAUUGUCGACUAUCUCUCAAUCAUAAAGUUUUGCACUAUGGAGACCUGGACGAGAACCCACAAGGUGAAGUGGCCUUUGAGUCACUGCAGGAAAAACUUCCUGUUGCAGAUAUUAAAGCUGUGGUAACUGGGAAAGACUGUCCCCAUAUGAGAGAGAAGAGUGCCCUGAAACAAAAUAAGGAAGUCCAAGAAUUGGCUUUCUCAAUCCUACACGAUCCAGAUGAAGCUCUAAACUUUAUUGCUCCAAACAAGUAUGAGUACUGUAUCUGGACCGAUGGACUUAAUGCCCUUCUGGGAAAAGAAAUGACUAGUGAACUGACCAAGAAUGAUCUGGAUACUCUGCUGAGUAUGGAACUUAAACUACGACUGCUGGACCUGGAGAACAUACAGAUUCCAGAGGCACCUCCUCCCAUUCCUAAAGAGCCAAGCAGCUAUGACUUUGUGUAUCACUAUGGCUGAACAACAGUGUGACCAACACCUGUCAAGCACAAAGACAAUUAAAACAAAAACACCCAACCAAUAAUGCCCUAUUUGACCAGCUGUUUAAGUGACCCCUUUGUUAAGAAACAUGCAAAAUCCUAUCAUCUAUGGUGAGGCAGCAUAACGGGAAGCAAAGGUACAAACCUGGUGUGUUUUUGUUCGGUAUAAUGUAAACAAACAGAAAACUGGUCCCCUUUACAAAGAGGUAUAUAGCCCAGUCUUUUUUUGACAGGUUGAACAAUUUGGUGAAUAAUGUGAUUUGAUACAGUGAAGUUUGUAUGCUGUUUAAUGUUCAAUCAAGCUAACUAGAUCUUUCACUGUAUUAGGCAAUCCUCCGAAUGCUAUUCCACCUUUAGGAUUAUGUAUAUUUUAAUACUGUAAUACAGCACAUGCAAAUUGUCACAGCACAAAUUUACAAAGAGAGCCUUGUGCACUUACCAUUUCUUGGAUUGUCUGUGAGUUUGUUGCACGGAGAUGCUUUCUACUCUCUCGUGGUUCUUACUUUGAGGACCAACUUUUAUUUUUCUUUCUUUAUUCAAAUGUAUUCUUAUUUAGCCAAAUCUCUGCUUCAGCACCAUCAGUUUUCCAGUGGUAAAGUAAGAUGCAAGGACAAUUGGAAAUACUAGCACAUAGAUGAUUGGAUCGAGAGUGCAGUGCAUCCAUUAACGUUCCAUGAUUUGAUAUUGUACAUAAUUCGUGCUUCACUUUUCUCUUUAAAUUAUCUACAAUAUAAUUAGAUCAGAGCCUUGUAUCUUAUUUUGAUUACAUAUCCCAAGUCCAUAUCAUUUUUAAAGUCCAGGAGCACAUGUUAGGCAGGAGUGAAUAAUGACUAGUAUUGGUUUAUUAUUGUCGCCUGCACCAAGAUACAGUGAAAAACAUUGCGUACUAUCCUAAUAUAAAAUCAAAUCACAAUAUACAUGAGUACAAUCAAGCCAUACAUAAAUAUAACAGAUUGUCAUUGAAAAUGAAAUCUGAUGCAGAAUAUAAUGUUACAGUGUAGUUACAAUGUACAGUUAGAGACAUUUUCUUUUAAAGUGCAAGGUCUGUAAUGAGGUGGGUUACACAGGUUGAAUGGUUACACAGUUGCAUGGUACUAGGUAUGCUUAAAACCGUUUGAACUUCAGGAAAUCAGUCUUAUUGCUUUGUCUCAGCUUUUGCAUUUCAAUUGAGACCUUAGCACAGGAAUUGAACAGGUACUUGAAUGGAUUGUAUUAAAGAAACUGAAAAUAUUCAUUUUGUGUUGGCGAAGUAUAUGAAUGAAGUUGACUAGAUUAUAGACUGAACUUAAACCAUACUUGAAUAAUAGGCAAAAAUACUAAUUUGAACAAUUCAUAUUACUGAAUUAAAUCAGUCAAUCAAUGAUAGCUAUAGUAUUACUGUAAAUAAAAUGACCAUUAAUCAAUAGUUUUAGGCAUUCCUCUCUAAUCAGUAGCGUUUUUAAUCUUAAACUAAUUCUGUCACUAGGUAAAAUAAUACUUUCAAUGGCAAACCUGUGUUUCAUUGAGGUCAGAAUAAAGAUUUCCAGACUGGAAACAAUUUAUGGCCGGUCUCGUUUCUGCUCCCAUGCUACUGUGAUUUUAACUGACACCUUUAAAAAUACUUCACUUAAUUAUAGGAUGCAGGAACACAUAAAUACUGAAGAGAAUGUGAUAACUGAAACCACUUAAAUGUUUUUUGUUGCUUUGGCUGACUGGUUUUUACUUUGAGGUAGUCAUUGACUCUACAGGGAAACCAAGAAGUAAUAAAGAUUUAAAAGCAAGGCGCACAACUUCAUACUGUAUCAUAACUUCUAAUCUAUGAAUGUCUAAAUCUGAGCAUAUGGUGCUUCAGAUUUACAAUCUUUGACAAUUGACUGUUUUCGUCUUCACAAUAACAGGAUCAUUUGGGACUAAUUUAAAAGCUUCAGCAAGCAAUCAUUGCAUAUGUUCAUACAUACUGCACUGGUAAUCUGUUUGGCCAAGGAUAACAUACGUAGGAAGCAUAUGUGACAUCAAACUGAGCUGUAUCUAAGAUAAUUUAAAUGGCACAGUGUUAAGGGGCUUUAAUAUUUUUAUAAAAGUACAGAAGAUUGUACCUAAAAUCUUCUGAUUUAAGUGCAGGAGAUUUGGGCAAUAACUCUAUGGGUGAUGGUAAUCGGUACCACCUACUAUUCUAAUUUCCUUGUGGAAAAGGAAGAAGUGAAGAAUGUGAAAAUACUGACGUUAAGAAAAUUACUAUAAGUCUAGUGCCAGAUUAUUUUGUUUUGAAACCUUGCAUUGUCCAUAUCCAUAAUAUAUUGGCAAAGCCGUGCACUCUUUACUUUUUGGUCUGAUCAAAAAAUGUAUGCUUAUUUCUGUUAGGAAUACAGAGUGAGUAAAACAAAUUAUGUUUGUUCCAAUUUAGCAAUUAAGGUGAAACAUUUUUUUGCAAGUACUUAUAAAGAAAAAUGUUACAAUUUUAAAUUGGGAAUUAAUUCUUCCAAUGUUGCUGAUUCUUUCACAAACCCUGUUGUUAAAAGCGUGGCUGAGUGCACUUGAAUAAAUCAAGGCAUUUGUGCUGAAACAAGCUUGCUGGAAGCCACCAUAUUUACCCUCAUGAGGUGGCAAGCUUAAUGAACCUGGAGACAACCUGUUAAAAAAUUAAGGGAUCUUAAAUGGAUGUCUGUGAACAUUAUUUUCUAAUUACGUUAAUUACUUCCAUGGGACGACAGUGAAAAGGCUUACAUUGUAAACUCCAAUAUAUAUCGCUAGCAAAAAUAUUUAACAAUUUAUUAUGAUCCUUCCCCUGUAACAAUCCCAGAGGUAGUAUGUGAAACUUUUUGAGAAUAUUUGUCUAUUAUAUCUGUGCAUUGGUCAGUGUUAUAAUUGUUGGAAUGUAAACAUUUACACUGAUAAAUCUGCUAUAAUGUGUCUUCAUUUUUAUUUUGAAAUAAUUGGUGACAAGCAGAAUCUGCAUUGAACUGGUGAUGUUGGAAGACUACUACAUAGACUUAUUAACAAAUGUUACAUCACUCGCAACUGUGUAUGAUCAUACUUUCCAGUUGCAAGGAGUUGCUAAUCUCAAUGUCACGAAAAAUGAUGAAAACAAUGUAAUUCAAUCUGCCCUGGGUACACCAGUGCACUUGUUUCUCCCCCUCAUCUGCAUUGCAGAGCACCAUGAUCUUAAAAUCUGUUUAUUGAAUAUCAUCAACCUGCUAAUAACCAAAACUAAAUGAGGUGUUGGUGACCCAAGUCCACCCUCUCUCUCCAUCUCCCCUCCAGUCAGCUCUGGAAGCAUAAUUUAAUUGUCUUAAUGUCUUCACUUCCUCACUCCAAAACAAUUGAAUAAUCUUCCCAGUUCUCUGGUUGCUCUUUUUUCAGGUACUAAUUGUUUUGUAUAUAUGGACUGAUCAGUAAACUGUUCAUUGCCACCUCAAAGUCCCCAUGUAAGAGAUUUAUUUUCAGGGGCAAAAAAAAUACGGUUGGAGAUACUCAGCAGGUCAGCCAAAAUGUGUGGAGAGUUAACAUUUCGCCCUGAUGACCAUUCAAUACAAUUUUUGAACUUUGUUAUUGCCCACCCUUUGCCUCUCCUCCACAUUUCUUGUUCAAUACUGAAACAUAAAAUCUAGUUAAAUAGAUAUUUUAGUUUUGGUAUUUCUGUGCAUUCUGUUCUAUGUAGGCUUGGAACUGAAUUAAAAGCUUGGCUUCUGGGCUGG